AUGGUAUCACUCAACACUAUAUUGAAACUCCUCAGUCUUCCAAUUAGACUUCUUUGGGUUGUCCUCAAGUAUCCCUUCUUUGGUGGGGCCAAUUUGAAGUUCCAGAAUGAUUUACGCAAUUCGUUGAAAUUGACCAUAUUCAGAUUCGGAUUAUCCUUAUCUGUCAAAGAUAGUGCUUAUCUUGCCAAAAAAUCAACUCAACAAGUGAUUAACAAUUUGAAACCAAUUUAUCCUAGAUUGACCAAUUUGAACAACUAUGGAAAAUCAUAUGACAAGCUUAAUGUGUGGCUUGUUGAGGCUGAAAAUAGAACUAAGUCUGACCCUAUUUUGAUUUAUUUACAUGGUGGUGGAUACAGGCUCAACACUAAUCCAGGUCAAGUUGAAGCUUUAUUAAGUGCCUACCAUUUACUUGACGAAGAGAAGAGGAAAAAGACAUCGGUAUUGGUCCUUGAUUACAGCUUGACAUGCAACGGACACUAUGUUGGAACACAGGUGUAUGAAUUGGCUGCCACAUACAGAAAAUUGGCCUCAGAUGGCAACAGUAACUUUGUCUUGAUGGGUGAUUCUGCUGGUGGUAACUUGGCAAUCACAUUUUUGCAAUACUUAAAACAGCAAAAUGAUCCAAAAUUACCAUGGCCAAAAUCUGCAGUUUUAGUCAGUCCUUGGACAAAGAUUGUACCAGAUGCUUAUCAACUCAGUCCAGGUCACUCAUACUAUGAAAAUGAGAAAUAUGAUAUGUUAAGCGCAACUGUUGCUAGAAGUGUUGAGAGAAGACAGGCAAUGUUUGGUGGAGAGAAUUAUGCAGACUUGUUAAAAUCACCCGGAAAUUUGCCUUACAAGACGAGUGACUGGAGUGAUAUUCCAACUUUUAACAAAAAAGGUUACUCUACAUUUGUCAUUUUUGGUGAACAUGAAGUAUUCAGAGAUGACAUUUGUGAAUGGACCAAAUAUGCACUCAAGUCACCAUUGACUAUUCCGAGACAAGACUCAAAAGGUAUUUUCAAUUCUAAAGUUUAUGAAUAUAAAUCUUCCGGUGUUGAUGAAGCAUACAUUGAUGUUGUUCUUGAGCCAUGGGGUAUCCAUGUUGCUCCAUUGCUUUUCGAAAAUGAAGUAACUAAACUGUUAGAGAAACAGCCAAAUUUGAAAUUGAAAGAUUUGGAUGAAAAGAAGUUUUUGGGAACUUUCAAGAUUGCCCUGUUCUUGAAUGAAGUGUUGUAA